GUUGAUGGUUGCAGCAUGUUGUUGUGUCUAUAGUUUUGGAAUGCUCAGAACGACAUGCAUGGGGACGCCAUGGCGGAGAACAACCAAGAGGAUCAGGUCAACGCCGCUAUUAAUACCGCUAUACUAGUGGAUAGAAAUGGCACUGGCUCUUCCCCCCGCAUUCGACCUCGUCCGCAGUAUCCUUCCUUUGCGACGAUUGGUUGUCACUUUUUGGACAUUUAUCUGAUAAAGCAAUGCUUGUUGGGAGCCUUGUUGGUUCAGUGGUUGGCGCCGUGGUACCGAAGUUCCAGGAGCUUUGCUCGAGAGAAUGAUGUGGACGACAGGUGGUACUUCACCGCGGUUCUUUGUUUGGUGCAUACCGGUCUCUACCUGGGGGUCAAUCUGCCUUACUUUGUCAGGGACACGUACCAAGUGCAUCAAUCCUUGAAACUGUUUCGGAAACCGUCCAUGCAAGCUUCCAGGAAUCAACUUUCCAAGCUGGCUUUGGAUCAAGUCAUUGGUCAGUUGAUUGUUUCUCCAAUAUCUGCCUAUGUGGCUUUUCCCAUUCUGUUUCAACCCCUGUUGUUGGGUUUUGACAGCAGUGAUAGUGAUGGUACUGCCACCGGUAUUCCUUCGGUAGCUGGUUCCUUCUUGCAGUUGUUGUUUUGUUUACUGGCCAAUGACACGUUAUUCUACGUGAUGCACCGCUUGUUGCAUUCGAAAUGGUUGUACAAGAGUAUUCACAAACAACAUCACGAAUUUGUGGGUGCGGUGUCGUACGCAGCGGAAUACGCGCAUCCGCUGGAAGGUUUGUUAGCGAAUCAGUUGCCCACCGUGAGCGGUUUGUUUGUGUGGCGAAUGCAUCCCUUGUGUUUUUUUAUUUGGAUUGGGUUGCGGCUGCAAGAAACGUACGAGACACACAGUGGAUACAGGAGCGGAAGUAUUGUGUUUGGCAAGGACUAUCAAGUGGCACACCACGACUUUCACCACAGCUACAACCAAGGCAAUUUUGGAGCGUUUUACUUGGAUUGGAUGUUUGGUACGAUGGAUCAUUACCAGGCCAUGAGUGGCUACGAGGGCUAUCUGAAACUGAAGAGCUCGUAGUAUACUAAUAUAUAGUUUUAUUUUUGUUU